AUGACCAACCGACUUUUUUCGUAUCGAUUGAGAGACUCAAAGCAAUCAACGACAUCGAAGAAGAAACGAAGAACGGGAUGGAGAUCGAUCUAUCUUUCGUGUGGAAUCAUCGGAAUCGCCGCACUCAACAUGACACUUUAUGCGACGAGUCUUUGGCCCUAUAUUCAAUUCUUAACGGGUCGCUCAAACGUCGAGUGGUUGGGCUGGGCGAUGGCGUCGACGAGUCUCGGAUCGAUUCUCGCGGAUCCCCUUCUCGGUUGGUGGCAAGAAAAAAUCAACUCGAAACAGCCACUCAUUUGCGGUUUUAUCGUCACGUUUUUCGGCAAUUUCCUUUAUGCUUUAGCUCCAAUAUUUCCCAGUGGAAUGGAUCUUUAUGUCCUGGUUUUCUCGAGGAUUUGUCUAGGAUUCGCUUCAAGCGCCAUCGGAAUUUUACGAACAUUCGUCACGAUGAACAGUUUGGAAGAGGAUCGGCUUGAAGGAGGAGCGCUUCUAUCAAUUGGAUUGACAUUGGGACUGUCAUUAGGACCCGUUGUACAAAUGUUAUUUCUUUUCAUCGGUGAAGAGAGGAAAAUCUUCGAUGUGAUUGUCUUCAAUGAAUACACUGUGCCGGCUUUUGUGAUGUCAUUCCUUUCUUUGCUCAUCAUUAUGAUCAUUUUGCUCUUUUUUGAAGAGAAUUUAUCGGGAGUCAUUGAUGAGGAUCCGAAUAAUAAUGCUUCCUCCCCUUCUUCUUCCUCUUCUCAUUCUUCCCUUCCUCCAUUCGAUCGUUUGGGCUUAGCCGUUCUUUUCUAUAUUUGGUGUCUCAUGAUGACCGCGGCAUCGUCCGAAUAUUCUAUAUCGGGUCCUUUAACGAGAGCGAUGUAUGGCUGGGAUUCAGGGGAAUUCAUUGAAAAGCACGGUUUCAUUCAAUCCGCUCAGUGUAUUCUCUCGGCUGUCGCGGCAAUCGUUUUGAUAAAAACGAGGGUCAAGAAACUUGACAAUCGCCUCCAAAUGAUCAUCGCUUUAUCGCUUUUGAUCACUGCGAGUCUCACCCUUUUCCCGUGGCCAUUCUAUCAAAGAUUGUCACAUCAUCACAAUGAAACACUCGUAAACUCAAUGAAUGGGAAUGGGAAUGGGAAUGGGACUGAGAAUGGGACUGAGAAUGGGACUGAGAAUGGGACAACGGAAGUGGACGGUGAUCCCGAUGUGGAACCGUCUGUCACAAGGAAAGUCCCCUUGACAUUGUACAUAAUUGCUUUGGCGUUCUGCUAUGGACCGGGUGCCUCGAUUGGUUUAUCAGUGACGAACACUCUUGCAUCGCUUAUCAUAGGACCAAGGAAACAGGUUGCCUAUGGAAAUAGUCAAAAA